UGGUGAUCGCAUCCGUCCAUCGCAUUGAAGAAUUGAAGCACCAAAGUCCUAGACUACUGAAAGGAUUACAGCUCGCUACAAUGGAAGCCACACCAGAACCUGGCCACUCUUCCACCAAUGUGGAUGACCUUUUCGACUACGAUGUCGGCCUCGAGGACAUCCAACCCAACCCUCCACCUACCACCAAUGCACCCAAACCGACCACGGGCGAUCCCACAUCACUAGGACUUGGACUUGACGAGGAAGUCAAAGUCACCAAGAAAAGACAACCCGCACCCAAGCUCGACGAGGCCCGCCUAUUAUCACAGCCCGGAAUCCCCAAGCUACGCCGCACAGCGAAGCGCAAGCUCAGACUCAAGGGCAAGGGAUACGAGUUCCAAGACGCUGAACGACUAUUGAACUUCUACCAGCUAUGGCUAGACGACCUCUACCCACGCGCCAACUUCGCAGACGGCUUGAGCAUUAUUGAGAAAUUGGGCCAUACCAAACGCAUGCAAGUUAUGAGACGAGAAUGGAUCGAGGAGGAGAAACCGAAGCCGUUCGGUGAUACAAUCAUUAUGCCUGAUUUUCCUACGAGGCCCUCCGAUCAAAAUGGCGCAGAUAAAACAGAAACCUCAGCGCCUGCCCCGUCUGGAUCCAACCAGGUGGGAUCAGAUGGCGAUGACCUGUUCAUGCCGGAUCCUGAAGCCGAGAAUAGGCCACCAGUCAGUCAUCCCGAGCCCGAUGACGAUGAUCUGGAAGAUCUUCUCCGGGAGCAAGAGGAGGUCAUGUCUGGAAUGCCCGAACCAGCUUCAAGACCCCAAAACACUGAGUUUGAUGAUUUUGAUGCUGAAUACGAAGCUAUGAAUGACUUGGGAUUGUAGUGUGGACCAUCAAAGUACUGUAC